CCACCAACCACUUUGACCAAGCCAUAGAUAGUGUGUUCUGGCCGUAGGUUAAGAGAAAUAUUACCUUCAAAAAAGAGAGGAUGUGUGGCUUGCUUUCAAUUUCCUUCACCCAGAGUGUGACUGUUGAAUCGAGACAAGAACCAAUUUUUUUUUUCAUACUCGAAUAACCUGUGUCCGUUUAAUAUACAUUUAUACCAAACAAUGUCAUCAGACGAUAGCAAUCAUUCAGAAGAGGAACUCCAAAUCAUACAGGAGGAUGAGCUGAUGGAACAAGUGCCUGUGUCUCUUGAAGAUCUUGACGCUAGCGAUAUUGACGACGAGGACGGUGAUCUGAUCCUCGAGCAAAAGGUCACCAUUAACAAUGAGGCUGCGCUCAAGCGUAUCACCGAAGAAUUCAGGUUGAAGGAUCUUCCUUGGAUCGAGACCAUGGCUGUGACUUCCACCGAACCUAUUGAGCUUGAGGAUGUACAUGACGAUUUGAAGAGAGAAUUGGCUUUCUAUCAGCAAGCUUUGGAGGCUGCCAAUAUUGGUCGUGAAAAGGUUAAGGCCGCCGGCCUUCCUUUUACUAGACCUGACGAUUAUUUUGCUGAAAUGGUCAAGAGUGAUGAACACAUGGAAAAGAUCCGACAACGCUUGCUUGAUGAAACUGCUGGAGUGAAAGCUUCAGAGGAUGCCAAACGUCAACGUGACCUCAAGAAGUUCGGAAAGAAGGUUCAAAUUGAGAAGCUUCAAGAACGUCAAAAGAAGAAGUCCGAAGACAUGGAGAAAAUUAAAAUGCUCAAGAGAAAGCGAAAGGGAGCUGAAGAUUUCUCCACUGAAGAUUUCGAUAUCGAGCUUGAUGGGGGUGCUGAUGAUAAAUCCAACAAGAAGUCUAAGCGUGGUCCCAGCAAACGUGAUAAGAAAGAUUCGAAAUAUGGUUUCGGUGGCAAGAAGAGAUAUGCCAAGUCCAACACAGCAGAGUCUUCUGCCGAUGUUGGUGGAUUUAACCCUAAGAAGAACAAGGCACCAUUCAAGGGCCAGGCUAAGCGACCAGGCAAAGCCAAGAGAGCAAACAAUCGAAAUCGCAAAUAGAGCCAUCCUGUCCCCCAAUAACACUCACUACAUCUAUCAACUCAUAUACGCACUUCACUUGUUCUUACAUACUCCAAAUGCUUGCAAUAAAUCAUGCAAAUGUAAUUAUGUUUUUUCCCCCGCCAAAGAAUAGUUGCGUGAUGUUUUCUGGUCCAAUUUUUUGGCUCGAG